AUGAACCCAAACCCUCGCCAUCGUAGAGAUUCUCCACGCCGCAACAGGUCUUUCGCAUUUCCACUCCCCUGCAAUGCCAAAGCUAACCCGAACACAGGACUCACCCGCGCCCCCAUCUUCCCAACUUUCACCCAGACCUUCACGCGCUGCGUCCAGGUCUGGGCCGUAAACCACCAGUCUCCCGAGCCGACGGCUUCAUCGCCCGCCUAUGCAGCUCUCCUGCUAGCUUGGUCCGCGGCGGAUGUAGUCCGGUAUGCGUAUUUCGGCUUGCUUCAGGCGGGGAUCAGGGUUGAUUUCGUCAAGUGGUUGAGGCCGCCGCUGCGACGGUCAACCCCAUCGGGGCUGCGGUCUUCUACUUCUGCCUUGCUCUAUAUGUUCCUGGUGAGUUUACUUCUACUCGAAAUGGGUCAAGGUGCAAAUAAGCGGAUGGCUAGGCGCUUUCAUGAUGUACUCGUACAUGCUUAA